GAUAGAUAGAUAGAUAGAUAGAUAGAUAGAUAGAUAGAUAGAUAGAUAGAUAGAUUUUAAUCUUUGCAGAUGUUCAGUUCCAGCUCUCAUACCAACCACAACCUCUUUCUCUGCUCUUUGGUCACAAACAGUAAACCAUGGUUUCCUGUAUUUUUCUGCAUCAUGACAUUUGUACAGCAUUUCCGAGUUCCUAUGCUGAUAUGCCACUCUAACCUCAACAACAAACUGAAGCUUGACCUGUUCUGAUUUGUCAUGGAACCCAUACUCCUUUACAUUGCUGAGACAUCGACGCUAACCCUCAAACAACAACAAAGACUAGAUGGGACUUAGACCAACUUUCUAAAGCGUGUACAAAAUAUCCACUGGUCCGCUCGUGCCACCCUGGAGUAGAUCUACAGGGACUCACCGCCCAUCUCUGUAAGACUUAGAGAGAGGAGGGUGCUGCUCCCUGGGCACUGUUCUCAAGCUGAAAGAGAAGCUGUGUCCCGGUUUCUCCUCUGGAGCCCAAGCCAACGCCCAGUGAAAUCUCGAAAACUCACCUUCCCUGCCCUAAUCUCUACAGACCCUGGGAUUGGGGUAAAAGAUCUCCAUGUGGCCAUGGCUGACAGGAAGGUGUGGAGUAAUGUUGUAAGAGGAAUCUCAGGCGAGGAUGAAUGAUGAUGAUGAGUUCCUGUGCCGAAUGUGGUUUUACUGUUAUUUGGUUAACAUUAUAAAUAUUAUAAAUGUCAUAUCAAUUCUGCAUGAAGGCAGGUCAUGUUAAUUUGCCAAUAUUAAUGAGAAAUAAUUGUUUCUUCAUUUCUUUGUUCCUUAAUUUCUUUUAUUCACUCUUUCCUUCCCUCCAUUUUGACUGACUAACAGAUCGGUGAUCAAUUUGAUCAUCUCAUUGUACAUUCUCUGUAUUGUACCUCUAUAAGAGUUGAUGAUCUCUACCUCCUCCAGUAUAUUCACAGAACAGCUGGGAAAGAGGAUGACUGAUACCUUGAUAAUCGACUGUCUCCUGAUGGAUUAUUUGGCCAUCUAAUUAUGAAAUACUGACAAAGUCCAAGUGGAAAUAAAAUCUAAAUUAAUACUCGUUUUAAGAUGGUCACCCCACUCUUGCCCAUUAUAAGAGCUCUCCACUCCUGUCCAUUUGGCCCUGUUAUGCUGAAGCAACACAGCCAUUCGCUUGGAGCAAAGACCUCCAAAGACCAGCACCGUCACCUCACAGCAAGAAAGUUCUGGGUUUGAGCCCAGCAGCUGACAGGGGCUUUUUUGUGUGGAGUUUGCAUGUUCUUCCUGUGUCUGUAUGGGUUUCCUCUGGGUGCUCCGGUUUCCCCCACAGUCCAAAGACUAAGAGGUGAGGCUAAUUGGUGGCUCUAAAUUGACUAUAGGUGUGAAUGUGAGUGUGAAUGGUUGUUUGUUUCUAUGUGUCAGCCCUGCAAUGAUCUGGUGAUUUGUCCAGGGUGUACCCCACCUCUCACCCAUAGUCAGCUGGGAUAGUCUCCAGCUUGCCUGCGACCCUGCACAGGAUAAGCGGUUAUGGAGGAUGGAUGGAUGGAUAUUUAAUCAUGAAAUCUUGCAUUUAAUUUCAUGUUAAUUGACACUGAUGACACUUUUAAAGCUUAAAGGUAUUUAAGGUCAAAAUUAAUGCAUCCAGAACUGACAAAUGCCUUGUUAGGUUUUAUUUCCGUAAGUGUAGCUAUGAUUCCUGUAAUGCUAUAUUUACCGAUAUAGGUAACCACAGAUACCUACACUUCCCCUUACUUCAUCAUCUCAAGUUUACAUCCGGGUACAGUGCAGAUGUGUUUAACAAUGGAGCAACUCAACUCAUCCAGCAGCUCACUCACCACUCCUGUCUCAACUGCAAACCUGAUUGCCAGUAUUGUUCUGGCAAUUUGCUUCAUACUGGGAGUCCCUGGGAAUAUUGCUGUAGUGGUACGUCUGGCUGGAUGGAUAAAGGAAGGCAGUUUCACCCCGAGACUGAUGCUAAGCCUGGCCAUAUCAGAUCUGCUCACUCUGCUUUCUUUGCCAGUUUGGAUUUGGGCUCUUCUUCAUGGCUGGGUCUUUGGCUUGGUCCUGUGUAAGCUUCUCUCCUAUUUGGUGUACUUAAGCCUGUACAGUGGCAUACUGUGUGUGGUUUUGAUGAGCGUUCAGCGAUAUAUGCAAGUGCUGCAUCCUCAGAAAUGGAACAAGCUUGGCAAGAAAGGAAAGAAGAUCCUCUUGAGUGGACUUUGGAUCUUAAGUGGAGUAAUAUCGUCUUAUGCUCCUGUACAAUGCACUCUAAGUACAAACAAGGAAGGACACUUUCAGUGCAAGCGAAGCUACCAGAACAGUAUUGAAAGAGUGGGUACUUUAAUCUGGGAGAUUAUAAUAUUACUGGUUUUGUUCCCCACACUGACUUACUUCUACUUUCGUCUUCACCGAGGAGUUAAUAACUCAGCUUUCUUUAGCAGUCAAUCAUUGACAAAGCUGGUGACCAGAAUUGUGGCCUGUUUCUUUAUUUUUUGGUUCCCGUUAGUCAUCUCCAAUAUUGUGCUCAUUAUUGUUGUGUUGCUUUGGAAUGACCGUCUGUUAAGAUCUGCAGAAUCUGCUGGCAAUAUUACUGCAGCUUUGGCUUUCAUUAACAGUUGUGUGAACCCCUUCCUGUACGCUUUCUCUGCUCGGGCUGUACAGGAACAUGGAACUGGAACAGAAAAUACUGAUGUUGGAGGUAUGAGGGUGUUUAUGAAUUCUCACUGACAGAUAGUAACUUCUUGCAUUUUAAAAAGAUUAGCAUAUAAUUCUACGUAUUAUUGCAUCUAUUGUUACUAUCUGUUUGCAACUUUUAAUAGAGUAUUUUAAAGGGGUUGUCAUGGCCUCUUUUUUUAAACUACCUUUUGUUCCUGUGACUUUUGGUAUCUUGGCUCUGUAAGCAAUGUAUUUACCUGUACAAAAAUCUCAGGACUUCACACUU